AGCAUCAGCCAUCCAACACCAAACGGAGCCGCUCGGAAGAAUCCCCUGAAAGUACAAAUAAAUUAACCCUAAUUAAUUGCAAGCGGAGUGGAGAAGCAGAUAAGCAGCGGCGCAGAGGGGACGAACGGUACACACGCUCUCGGUGGUGGCACAAAACGCUACCCAGAGCGCGCACCCCCCGCGAGUAGGAGCAAAUUUAGAUUAAUUAAAUGGAAUCAUCGAACGGUGGAGCGGGUUUGACGACGAUUCUGGAUGCUCAGCAGGAGCAAACACGCCGCUCACUGCUGAUGGCUCCAUCGCCGAAGAACGGCACCUCCACGCCGACCUCGGACGAUGGCUCGGAGCGGGACGGGGAGCGCGAGGUAAUCGAGGAGGUCAAGCGGCGGAUGAAGAAGCGGGUCGAUUUCAUGGAGGAACAUCUGCACCAGAACAACAACCAUCACAACUCGGAUGCUGGCACUCGGGAGAGCUCGGAUGCGAUAAAAAUAAACCCGCUGGGUUCGGGAGUGGUGGACAUGUCCUCCUCGCCCUACCUGAAGGCUUUCCCCGCCUCGGGUCACGUGUUUGUCGGGAGUCCUGGAGCGGACGAUGAGUUUGAGCUGCUGAUCGAACGAUCGAUGCAGGAUCUGGAGACGAUCCGGUCGGACUCGGACUCCGACUUUGGCGAUGAUCAUGGACUCCCUCCGCAGCGAGGGAUGGAGGUGCGGAAAAAAGGGAAGGAGGUUCGACAGCACCGGAAGCUAGCCGAUGGUAUUGGGGCUGGUGGAAAGGCACACGCAUCCACCUCUUCCUGGAGUGAUGGAGGAAGUAGCAACGUUAGCGACGUCGAGGAGGAAGUGGUUGAAGUGGAUGACAAGGGUAGGGGGGCAGUAGAAGCGCUUAAUCAUCAAAUGAAACUAUACCCGGCGGCACAGCACUCACUGGAAUCGUCCGGUGUACCGUUUCGCAUGAUGAUACCUCCGAUGAGUCCGGGACGUCGGUCGGACAGCAGUAUCAUCUUCGGCCAAUCAUCGCUUCCGAUGAUCCUUCCGUUUCACGUACGCCGAAGGUUGUCCGAGUGUCGCGAGGAAGACGAAGAGGAUGAAAAACAGCCACCACCACCACCGGCAUCGCCGGCCGGACCCUCCUCCGUUCGUACACCCAUUCCAACGAUCGUCGUCGCCUCAACAAGUGGUAACCAGACGCGGCUCAGUCCACCCCUUUCCAGUACUUCCCAGCAGGAAGAAAGUGAGUCCGCUGCCGUUCCCCGCAAGUCCCGGUUUAUGGUCACUAAAGCGCAAACCCAAGAGCAGGACGAUCCUCCGCGUACGACUGUUCCACGUGUUCGACCGGAAGCGAUCCAUCUGCUCCCACUUACGGCCAAACAGAACUCGCAAACGAUCCACUUUCCCUGUAGCGUCCCGGUUCGCACCAUUCAGUCGAUGUUUCCCCCGGAAACGCCGCACCUCAACACACCCCACCUUGAUCGACGCUUCUUCGACACCUCGCUGGUGGAAAUCCGACCGCUCGCCAGCAGCCGUGGGUCACUCAGUGGCAGUGAGGCAUCGGCAAUAACACCAUCGACAUCACAGCUCCAGGAGCCUCUGCAUACAAAUAACAUUCCGUUCGAGCUCGACGAGGUGUGGGUUAAGCGACCUGAUCCGCUGGCAACGGGCGUCGGCGGAGGUGGCGCAGUCGGUGGAGCAAAGGCGGCGACUCUUCCGGCCAACGCGAAACCAGACUAUUCGUCGAUACUGACCGAUAGCAAAAAGUCCCCGACGAAAGCACAAAGUGAUGCAACCGAUGGGGGGAACUUCCAACGUCCCUCGACGGCUCCUGCUGCUUCCGGCGAGUCCACGCGAGCCUCCAAGAAACAGAAGAAGAGCGAAAAGGAAGCCAAGCGCCAGGAGAAGGAAGUGAUGAAGCUGAAGCGAGAGGAGGCACGACGGCUGGAGAAAGAGGCGGCCAAGCUGGAGAAGCUGAACCGGAAGCACGAGAGCAUAUCGCGCAGCUCGGAGCGGGUCGGUUCCGGAGCACGUUCCGGUUCGCUCGAAAGGCGUCGCAGUGGCGAGGAGGCGCCGGUGUUGAAUCAAUCGACGGUCCAUGGUAUUGCCAGUCCAAAUCGACGGCCAACGAUCUUCGACGUGUUCCGUCCGCGAAAGGGCUCGGAUUCGAAGAAGAAGAAAGAUGAUGGCAGCCGGUCGGGCUCGGACAAGGAUAGCACGGGGAUGGGAAGUGGUCCGAUCAGCACGUCGUCCGGUGCGGGCGGUAUUAUGAGUAGCAUGAAGGCCGCUUUGCACGUCGGUGGACGACACAGCCAUCACAAUCAGCAACCAUCGGGAGGCGCAAGUACCACGACUGGUUCCGGUGCGAGUUCGAAAGUGCGCGACGGUUCCGCACAUCCUCACGCAGGCAGCGACGCACAGUACUACCACACGGUAACGGCUGUACGCCGGGCAGACGCCGGCAAGUCUCCGAUGACGAAGAUGAUGGACAUAUUCAGGCACCGUUCCAAUUCGGCCGUAUCCGAAGCCGACAAACGCAAAGCGAAAGCUGCUGCACAGCAUCAACAACAGUUGGCUGCCCAAUCGGCUCAUAUGCGACGAGCCUCGGCCGAGCUUGCGGAACGCCGUCGGGCAUCGUUUGGCACGACGCGAGGACUUCGAUCGGACGGAACUCUCGACCCGUACCACGCCGCGAUCCUGUUUCGUGAUUCUAGAGGGCUACCCGUUGCAGAUCCAUUCCUGGAGAAGGUUCCACUGUCGGAUCUAGAGGAAGAUGAGUCACAGAUAUUCGUCAAGUUCUUCCGAUUUCAUAAGUGCUACGAUCUAGUGCCGACCUCGGCCAAGCUGGUCGUGUUUGACACGCAGCUGCUGGUGAAGAAGGCCUUCUACGCGCUCGUCUACAACGGUGUCCGGGCGGCUCCGCUCUGGGACUCGCAGCGCCAGGAGUUUGUCGGCAUGCUGACGAUCACCGACUUCAUCAAGAUUCUAAAAAUGUAUUACAAAUCACCGAACGCGUCGAUGGACGAGCUCGAGGAGCAUAAGCUGGACACUUGGAGGAAAGUGCUUCAGGAUGACGUGAAAAAGCUCGUCAGCAUCGGCCCAGACGCGUCGUUGUACGAUGCCAUCAAAAUGCUGGUGCACAACCGGAUCCAUCGGCUGCCCGUGAUCGACCCGAACACCGGCAACGUUUUGUAUAUAUUGACCCACAAAAGGAUACUUAGAUUCCUAUUUUUAUAUAUAAAAGAACUACCAAAGCCAUCCUAUAUGCAGAAAACCCUACGAGAGAUACGCAUCGGCAGUUACGACAACAUCGAGACGGCCACAGAGGACACUAGCAUAAUUACGGCGCUGCACAAGUUUGUGGACCGGCGUGUCUCCGCACUUCCGCUGGUGGACAGUGAGGGCCAUCUGAAGGAUAUCUAUGCCAAGUUUGAUGUCAUCAAUUUGGCCGCCGAGAAAACGUACAACGAUCUGGACGUGUCGCUGCACAAGGCAAACGAACAUCGAAACGCGUGGUUCGAGGGCGUACACAGCUGCAAGCUGGACGAGACGCUCUUCACCAUCAUGGAGCGCAUCGUGCGGGUCGAGGUGCACCGGUUGGUGGUGGUGGACGACGAGAAGAAGGUGAUCGGCAUCAUCUCGCUGUCGGACAUCCUGCUGUACCUGGUGCUGCGCCCGAGCGGCGAUGGAAUCGGCGACUCGGAGUCACUUCGUGCGACUGACCCGAAGCUACUGAAAGGCGGAUCCGGAUCUGCAGGGAGCAGCACGGGCAAACUGCACGCGACCAAGCGAGACAGUAGCAACGAAAGCAUCGAGGAAGAGGAAACCACCGAGGACGAGCCGACAGUGGCGGCAGCGGUGACGACGACGGUGGCUGAGGAUGAAGCUCACAAGACUGAAGACGCUGCCGCUACCCUGGAGGAACCGGAAAAGGAAGCCGAAGAUGCCACGCUGGAGGCGGCCGAAGAGUUGGCCGAAGAAGCGAAGGAAGACGAACCAUCUACGCCGGUCGAUCGAAGCAGUGCAAACGAUUCUCCGGUUGCGGCCACUCUCCUCGCCACCGACGUUCCUUUGCAAACCGUCCAGCGGGAGGUCGGUUUGGUUAGUGAGUAAAGGAAGGAAUCGUAGCUCAGAUAGUCGCCCAACGGUCAGGUACGGCGGGGGGAAAGGCAUGGUGUUGCUACGAUUCUUUUGUUGCGUGUGUGAUAUAUAAAAGCCGCCGAGUUUGGUUUCCAAAGUUAUGGUGGAAAAAAAGUUAAAGCAACAAGCGAAGCUACACGUGGAUGGGUUUGGGUUCGUUUCUUUUUUGGCGACCCAGAGCAAAGCAUGAAGAAGGAAGGGGAACCGCUAGGGAACAUUAAUUUUCAAUGUAAAACGAAGACGGUAAGCGAUGGCAGCAUAUGAAAAUCGAUGAAAGAGGAGGAAAGGGUAACGAAGGCACAUUACCUGUAGGAUGUAAGUACAAACCAAUAGCCAGCAGAACUAAUUACCAACCAGCCGCUUCAUUGAGUAGUAGGAAUGGAAAACACGCGAAUUCGCCUACAAAAGCCACUUGUAACAAAAGAAAAUAUCUGCCCUGCUUCGGCUAGUGUGACAGUUUUACCCUUUUUCCGGUUUUACAAUAUCUCUUCUCUCAUCUAGUAGAGUAUAUCGUCGAAGAUACCAAAAACUAACAAGAAUAUAGGCAGAUAAGAAAAACUGCAAAACAGUUAAAGAUAUGAACAUGUGUCGCGAAGUCUAUCUCCAUCCUUAUGGUUUUCGUUCGUUUCCACUCAUCGUUUUCCACCCCAGUCUCCCCCAGCACUCAAUGGUAGUUAUUUUUAAUUUGGACAGUGUAUCUGUUAUUGUACUCUUCGUUUCGCUUUGGUAAAGAAACAGAACUAAACAUUGGGAAGUUGUGAUGUGAACUGAUUGGCAUACGUGUCGGUGCACUGCUGCAAUAACAUGAGGGCAAUCCACAGUGCACGGACGAAACCGAAUGGCAAAAGGAGAAAAGAAUGAGGAAGCAGGAACCGUAUGCGUGACUUAAACUUAAAGGAUUUUAACGUUAAACUUUAAUAAUACUGUCGGAUUACCAACAGAAGAGGCACAUGGCGCGAAGGAAAUGUAAGCGAUGGGACGAACAGAAAAAGAAACACGAUAGGAAAGAAGCUCUGUGUAUGACGGAGGGGAUUUGAAAAGGAAACCAAACUUAUUUGAUAAUAAUUUAAAAAUGAUAUAGUGUAAAAAGUAAAGAGAAACAUAUUAGCGAAAAUGAUAUGAAAUAAAACUUGGCAAACAACCCCAGACUGGUUGAGGAGAUUUAUUGGACAACAAAGGACAACAGAGUAAAAUUUGUGUAUAGAUAGGGAAGCACUAAAAGAAAAUGCAAGUGAAAGUGUGCAGUGGAGAAGAGUAGGAUUGUACUAUUACAAAGAUCCAAUUCGAAUAUCGUUUCAUUUAGUUUGAAAUGUGUUUUUUUUUGUAAUCUUUGGGCUCUAUUUACAGCAGAAACGAAUGGUGGUCACAAAGAGUUAAAGAUGCCGGAUUGAACAGACGAUAGAGGAAAUGAAAAGAGGGAUAGUGUAGGAUUACUGAAACAAAACAAAAAUCAACGAGUCGUACUAAGCUUUGUGUAAAGCUGUUCUCGUGAUUGAGAUACGAAGAAGGAAAGGUAGGUCAGAUAACUCCGCUUGUGUACCUUAAAAACAGCUUUUGUUUCCAGUGUCGCGACGCAAAGGAUGAGAUACGGAAGCGGACGGUUGAAUAGCGAAAUAAUAACAAAAACACAAACCAGCAGCAGGAGGGCACGCAGCAUUAUAGGAUGGAAGUAAGGAACAAAUGGAAAGGGAAGGAUGCCAUCAACAUAUUUACACUGAUGAUGACUCCGGAACGAAGCGAGGGAAGUGAAGGCCCAUCGUUAUGCUGGGGCGUGGAGAGAAGAUUGUGUAUAAAACUAAAGCAAGUUAUGUUGUUCCGCUACAAUGAAUAAGAACUAAUGAAACAGUUAAACCGCGAUAAAAAGUAAAACAAAUCUAGCUCAUACUGAACGGAUUCAUGUGAUAUCGUGCUUGUGUAAUUCCGAACUUUUCUAUGCAAUUUGGUAAACGUUUC